UCUUGAUUUAUCUCUAGUGAGUAAGCAACAGGCUGAAGUGCUGAACAGAAUCUAUGCUAACAAACCAGGACCAUCCCUAAUGAUGUGUCAGGAAAUCAGCAGGGAGAUAGGACUCAGAACCGGAACUGUCCAGGCUUGGUUCCGGGAAAAACGCUGUAGAGACUUCGUGUUGCUGAAUGAAACAUCCAACCCAAACCCAGAGAGAGAUUUUUUUAGCUGGUUGGAAAAUGCCUUGUCUCCAAACUGUAUUCCUCCAAAUGUAGAUCUCACACCUGACGCCAUACUUGAUGGGGAGGUAUAUCUCCCGCGCCUUUCGAGGGGCGGAUCCCAAAUUGGAUCUACAUAUUUUCCGUGUUCUCCAGAUCAACAAUGGAUUCGGUGCAAUUCUUCGUAAAUCAUUAAUGAAAAAGUCAAUAAAAUAUAUCGAAUGUAUAUAUAUAU